AAGAUGGCGGCGCGCUGCUUUCUGUCAGGGAGAAGAGGGGCAGGGAUGGAGUGAGGGCCGCGGCGCUCGGCUUUGGGGCGGGGGUGGGGAAUAACGGUCGGGGCCCCCGGUCUGGCUCUGGGCGUCCUUGCGCUCGAGGCCGCGGCGGCGGCGGGGGCUCUCGCUUUCCGGGUGAAAAAGGCUAUGAGGUGACGGGAAGAUGGCGAGCGACGCGGGUAGGAAGCAGUUCUGGAAGCGGAACGCGUCCCGGGUGCCGGGCAGUAUUCAACAUGUAUACGGAGCUCAGCAUCCUCCUUUUGAUCCACUGUUGCACGGAACCUUAAAACCUGGAGCCAAGCCUCCAACAACUCCAGUGAAACUGAAGAAAAUCAGCACGUUUCAAGAAUUCGAAAGCAACACGAGCGACGCUUGGGAUGUUGGGGAUGACGACGACGAACUCCUGGCGAUGGCUGCAGAAAGCCUUAACACAGAUGUAGUCAUGGAAACAGCUAACAGAGUAAUUCAGAAUCACAGCAAAUUACAAGAACAGCACAAAUUGCAGGAGGAACAGGUGGAAAAGGAGCAACCACAGCAGCUUUCAGAACUGCCCUCAGCUGCGUGUGGUGACAGCAGACUGGUUAAAUCUGUCAGUGAAAGCAACACAUCAAGUUCUGCAGAUGGUGCUGAUGAAGUUAUUUCUGUGCCAAGAUCUCAGUCCCUUCCACAAGCCUCCACUGUCACUCUGGUGGGUGGAGUGACAGAUCACAGUAGCUCAGGUAUCCCUAUGCUAUCGGAAAGAGAGGCAUCACGUUUAGAUAAAUUCAAGCAACUACUGGCUGGCCCCAACACAAACCUUGAAGAAUUACGGAAGUUGAGCUGGUCAGGAAUCCCGAAAGCAGUUCGGCCAAUUACAUGGAAGCUCCUUUCAGGUUACCUCCCUGCAAAUAUAGAACGGAGAGAAGGCACUUUACAAAGGAAACGGAAAGAGUAUUUUGCUUUUGUGGAACAAUAUUAUGAUUCAAGAAAUGAAGAAACUCACCAGGAGACAUACAGACAGAUUCAUAUAGAUAUUCCUCGCAUGAGUCCGGAAGCUUUAAUUCUUCAACCCAAAGCAACAGAGAUCUUUGAAAGAAUUUUGUUUAUCUGGGCAAUACGUCAUCCAGCCAGUGGAUAUGUUCAGGGCAUAAAUGAUCUGGUUACUCCAUUUUUUGUUGUCUUCACAUGUGAAUAUACUGAAGAAGAAGUGGAAAAUUUUGAUGUUUCCAGUCUGCCCGCCGAAGUGCUGCAGAACAUUGAAGCUGACAGUUUCUGGUGCAUGAGUAAACUGCUUGAUGGCAUUCAGGAUAACUACACCUUUGCUCAGCCUGGUAUUCAGAAGAAAGUGAAAAUGCUGGAAGAACUGGUUAGCCGAAUUGACGAGCAAGUGCACAGACACUUAGAGCAACACGAGGUGAAAUACCUUCAGUUUGCUUUCCGCUGGAUGAAUAACUUGUUGAUGAGAGAAGUUCCCCUGCGGUGCACCAUAAGGCUUUGGGACACAUACCAGUCUGAACCAGAGGGAUUUUCUCACUUCCAUUUAUAUGUGUGUGCUGCCUUCCUUGUCAGAUGGAAGAAGGAGAUCUUAGAGGAAAGAGACUUUCAAGAACUGCUCAUCUUUCUGCAGAACUUGCCCACGGUGCACUGGGAAGACGAAGAUGUCAGUGUCCUCCUCGCAGAAGCCUACAGACUGAAAUUUGCAUUUGCAGACGCCCCCAAUCAUUACAAGAGAUGAAAGCACCAGAAACCGUAUACAGCCAAUCUGUCUGCUGUGGCAUAGGAUCAUUUUCAUUAUUCUGGUUGUGCAGACACGCAAUUACUCGCUCCUGAUUUCAUACGGAGAGUCCCAAAAUAGUUCAGCAAAAGAAAAAUGUGGUUGGUGGAUUACCAAAGAAAUCGGCAAACAGGUCGUUAAGAAGACUGUGAUUGACUUAAGUGAACGUGGCUACAAAAAAAAUCGAGUCUGCUUUUGUUUUUAUUCUCCCUUUUUCUUUUUAUAGUUGCUAUACGAAUGAAGAAAGUGUUUUAUGUUCAUUGGUAUCUAAUGACUUAUUGUCUUGUCUCCAUGAGCCUUGUUCCUAGUUGAUUGUGUUCAUUAUUUUGAUGGAAGUAUUACUAGUCUCUGGGGUACUUGUGAGCUAAUAGGAAUAAUCUGCCUUGAACGGAAAACGAGGGCAGAUGUGUAUCAGGCAGUAAGGUCAUCUAAGGGCCAUGUGGACUUGCUUUUGAUUUUGGUUUGUAACACAAUUUUUAAAAAAUUCCUUUUAAUCUUUGUUUACAGCGUGAAAUCUAGGAACACAGAUUUUAAUGGAAAACAACAUCUAGAAUUUGAAAAGAAUGCCACCUGCUUGGGUGCUAUACCCUCUGGUAUGCAGAUAGUUUUGUAUAAAUUAUUUCACUUUGAAGUGUCUGAACUGUACUAACUAAAAAAGAAAAGAAAAUAGAUUUAUUCUGCUAUAAUAAUGUAUACAUAAUUUAAUGCUUUAAAACUAUCAAAUAUUUUUUCAGCACAUAGACUUUUAGCUUCAAUGCUUUUUUUCCCACUAGUAAGAUUUUUAGUUCACAGUGAAUAUAUUUUAAUACAUUAUUGCCUUACCUGGAAUUUCUAGCAUGGUAGGAAUACUUGACGGAAAAGUCAUGUAUGCAUUUUUAGGCCUUCCAUCCUUGACACAGACUGGCUUGAGCAUGGAAAAGAAGCACAGAUGGAUACAGUCACCUGAUAACCAACAAGAUGCUGUGCCACCUCCAGAAUAAACCAUGGAUUUUGCACUGUGUAAGGGAAGGUGACUGGUGAAGACUUGAUUCCAGUCGGCUCUCUUUCUUACCAAUCACGUUGACUGACUGGUUAACAUGCCAGCCAGUGUGUGUGUGUGUGUGUGUGUGUGUAGAUAUAUAUAAAAAAGGAAAGCAUCAAGUCAACUUAUCUGGAGGAAGUCACCUGCAUACAAUUGACAUGCACUUAAGGAUUUUGCACAAACCGAUCAGGAAGCUUAUCUCACUUGAAAAGCAACUAACAAAAUUCUUCCGUUAUUUUUGUGACUUAAGCUCUUAAGUUGUGACUAAGUGGCAGUACAUUAUAGAAGGCUCCGUCAAAAGUUGACACUCCAUUCACUUUUUGUAAGGGCCAGUUUACCCAAAUAGCAGAAUAGCAGGGGUAGGUAGUAAAGUUUUUUCCUGUGCUGUAUCACUUUAGAAUAAAGGUAUGGGAUUGCAUAUACACAUAAAAAUUCAUUGAAUGUGGAAAUCUGGAAGGCUAGUAUGAUUUUUUCCUCCCUGAUAUGCUAGAUUUCUGUGUGCAAGUAGGUUUGUUGGAGGAGCAUUCUAGAAUGUACCUGCUGUCUGAAGUGUGAUUGAUUCUUGUCGAUCAAGUAAGUUUGCAUACUAUCAAUCCCAAAUUAAUUUAUACUGUAAAUGGAACAACUUCUUUUCAGUUUUCCAAGUGUGCCUUUAAGUCAUUUUUGGUUUGGGGAUUUUUUUUUGCCUUUUGCAUAUGUUACCUUACUGCUUGCCAUAUGUAUAGAUGCCUGAACCGAUAAGAACCACAGGCAAGGUUGGCCUAAAAAUGUGGAAGAUGCUUAUUCUAAGAGGCUAUGAAGAUUUCUUGAGGAUUAGUUUCCUUAAGGUAUCAUUUGCAGAUUAAGUUCAAGUGUCUUAAUAUUGAGCUGUGCAUUUAGAUUGCUUGGGGACAUUUGACUGUGAAACACAUCAGUUUAAUAAGCAAGGUUGUUCUAUUACUUCCGCAGUAGAGAGGUGUGGCCUUUUUCACAGCGAUAAAAUAGUUGUGAUGUUCCAGGACAACAAGAAGAAUAAUUUGGUGGAGUUGCAUUACCUGGGAGAACUUACUGCACCAUUACUUAGGAGUAGCAGCAGUAGAUAUGCUCCCCUUCUCUUCCAUGCAGGGAUUUGCUAUGUAUGAGAAUCCAGAACUAUUGCAGCCUUACUGGGCAUUGCUUUAGCUUAUUACAUACUAAUAUUGCAACUAGAGAUAAAAUUCUGUGACAUGGUUUGGCAUGUCUACAGGUCUUAAGAUGUGUCUUUCCCAAGCAUCAGGAUAACUUCUCAUCCUGUGUUCAGUAUAAGAUUUCUCUCUUAAGUUUCUCUCUUUUAAGUUUACAGUGUCAUUGUGCCUAACAAAGUAUCUGCCAAGAACAGAACACGCAAAGUAAAAGGUAGAAUACAGAAAAGUCUCUUGAUAACAGUGAACGUUUUAUUUAAUAGCAAAAGGAAGAAGAAAUCAGCUGCAACAUGCAUUAAUGAUGGGGCUUUUUAAAUAUGUCAUUAUUUAUAUAGGAAUUUGAAUGGUGAGGCAGGGGUGCAGACAAGUUUACUGUGUUAGAUGCAAGUAUACAAUAAAAUGUGUAUAUCUUAAAAACACACACAUUUCCUCUGUAAAGAUCCAUUGAGUUACCAUCUCAACUACCAAGCUCCCUUCAGAUCUCUUAAGUGUUUCUCAUUUAAGAAUUGAAUGCUAUCAUGCUGCAAAAAGGAUUUACAUUUGUAGGAGACAAAUCUUGAGCACAUUGGUAGAUGAGGGUAGAGACUUCUCUAAAUGCAUAACUUUUCAUUCUUAUUUUAUAUAAAAAGGGGGUAUUAUACAGACAACUAAUUUCAUGCAUACUUUCCCCUAUAUACUAUUCUAUAUAUUCCCUAUAUACCUUUUUCUUAAAGUGGAAUUAUGCUUGGCUUUUGAUAAUUUUGUAUCUCAGGUAAGUGCCAUCCCAACCAAAUGUUAUGUGGAAGAAAGGCUUCCCUCAUUUUUAUACUCCUUUAUUACAAGUAUAAAAGUAAAAAACAAAACAAAACACAAAUAGGUAUCUAAUAGAUAUUUUUAUGUUGAUAUUUUUCAGCAUAGAAAGAAAUCAGGACACCUCAUUAAUUUAGCCUGAUUUGUAAUUUAAUAGAGUUCAUACAGGAGGCACUCUGUCAUAAACGCAAUAUUAGCUAACAGCUGUAACGAAAGAACCGUGCAGCACAGAUAACCAAUUUAUUUCUAUAGUAUAUGCUUAGAAAUGUAAAUAGUAAGCAAUAUAUUGAACUAUGUAAAUACAAUACAAGAAAGAAUAUAACUAUCUUGCAUUCAUCUGUACAUCUUAAAUAUAACAAACUAGUUGCACUAGUCUUUAAUUUCUUAUGGAAAAACUCAUAGAUUUGUAUUUAACUUGAGAACUCUACAAUAAAAUGUAAGUACCCAA